AUGCUGGCCGCUACCCUGCUUCUCUCCGCUCCCGCACUGACGCCGUCGGUCCCGGGCGCCGGCCGUCGGGCGGUGCUCGCCGGCGCGAGCUCCAUUCUCGCGAGCAAACUAGCGACCUCGGCUGCCGUCGCCUACGACGAGAUACCUGUGGCCACGGCUGACUUUGCCGAGGCCGAGAAGAAGCGCAAGGCGCGCGAGGAUCUGAUCAAGAAGGAGACGGCGCUGUUGCAGCCAUACGUCAAGGCGAUCGAGAAGGCGCAGUCGGCGGAGGAGUUUGAGAAGGCGGCGGAUUCGUUCGCGCUGUACAUCAUCGGGCAGGGCAAAAUCACCGACGGCGUCAAGGUGAAGGAGCUCGCAUCGCGCAUCAGGGCUGCCUACGAGACGCUGCCGCAGUUCGGAUACAGGCGCGCGCCGUGUCCGAAGGGCGAGGAGAAGCGCGACGGCAUGCCGUGCCACUCGCCAGGAGGGAGGGUGCGCGCUGACCUCUCGAGACGCGGGCUGUGCUACACGCCAGGGCCGGGUGCGGAGCUCGCCUUCCAGGGGCUGAUGAAGCAGAUGCGCAAGUACUCGAUGAUCCAGCUGGGCGACUUCCGCAAGGUUGAGUACGCCGCCUUCUGAGCUGUCUGUGGGAGCAUGCUGUGCCGACCGGGGCGAGGCGAGGCAGAGAGCGGCGUGGCCACGGGGCGGAGGUAGAGGCCUGCCCCUAGGCCUGCCCCGUCGUCUCCCAUCUGCCGCCGGCUUUAGCUUAGAUCGCGCGGGAGUAGAGGAGGUUAAGGAGAGGUGCCGUCACGGCGGCCUCCCGUCUCCCAACCGCGGGGUCCGGGGAUUGGAUCCGGCCAUUCCAAGGGUAGACAGUCCUAGUCACACUCACAAUUGCUCGACUCUGCGAUCGGGGUUCGCCAAUUUCUUUUUUCUUUCUUUUUUUGGGCCCUGUGGGCACCCUAAU